AUGUUGUCAUUGAUCAAUACGUCUAAUUUGCUAAAUAGUCUUGUCAAAUGGAUAAUCCACUUACAGGAAACCUUGGAUGAAGUGGAAAUACGAGAGUUGCUGAUUGAUCACGUUGGUCAUCGUUGCUGUUGGGGUAGUCGUCCUGCUCGAACAUGGAAGAUUCAUGCAGUGGAAGACUGUAACGUUUACGUUGGAACUCUCGAUACAUUUAUAGAAGAAAGAGAGAUCAUAAAAGAGACAGAGCCAUUUCUUGGUGGCAGUAUUGAUGGUAAGGAUAAUGGACCAGCACUUAGUAUUUGGGAAUUGGAUCUAAGAUCUCAGUUCCCUGUUCUAUUUGUACCCCACAAAGAAGUCCGUGAAAAGAUUCCUCAUUCUGAAACUAUUGAGAAAUGCUCAGGUUGUGCCGGACGUCUGUGGUACUUGCAAUGCGACCAAGAACCUGGACAUUAUAAAGAAAAUCAGAUGAGCCAGUGUACUAGUUGUUAUGGAAGGGGUUUGAUUGCUCAUAAAGAUGGUUCUGACACAAUAUGUGUGAAAUGUGAUGGUAAAGGGAAGCUUCCUUGUGCAACUUGUGGAUCUCGUGGCUUACUUAAAUGUGAAACGUGUAAUGGAAGUGGCUCUCUUUUAGCACGCAGUGUAGCCAUUAUUAAGUGGAAGACACUUUCAACUCGGAAAGUUAAUGCAACUAGAGGAGCGGCAUCAGUACCUGAUGAGAUUUUCCAUAGAUCCCAAGGGGUUCAAUUAUGCAACACACAGGCUUACCAAUGCAAUCCUGCCUUUUUUGCUGAUUCAUUUUUUCUCAACAUGUUCUCUUCUGAAGUCAUCGCUGAGAGAGCUCAAGUGCCUACCACUGCAAGGGUCAUUUGCGAGAGACAUACAAUCUCAGUUGUUCCGGUAACUCGUGUCACCAUGUCUCAUCGCCGGCAAUCUUUCAGUUUCUAUAUUGUAGGAUAUAACAGGGACGUUUACUUAAAGGAUUAUUACCCCUCUAGAUUUUGUUGGGGCCUGUGCCCUUGUUUGGAAUGGUUGAAAUUGUAA